UUGGCUGCGCGCAUGCCGUAUUUCACGCUACAGUCUGCAGUGCAACCAGCGCGAGAAACGAGCGGAGCGAGAGCAGGGAGUUAGCUAAAAACAGUGGAGCUAAAGUUAAAGCUAAAGUAAAGUUAAACUAAAUGCAGCGGUGGUUGGGACAGACUUCUGUCGGCGAGAAGAGGAAGGAUGCAGGGGAUGAGGAUAUCGGCGACAGAGCGUGCGAAAGGAAAAAAAGAAAGUUUAACGCCAAAUGGCUGACGGGUCGUGAAUGGCUUGUGUUUGAUCACGAAAGUAACGUCAUGUUUUGUCAGGAUUACCGCAUGUACGCGAAAGAAAAAAACAAAACUAACAAUUUCGUGGUGGGAACUAAUAAUUUUAAAGUCGAGGCAGUAACGUUAAAGGACCAUGAGAGUGCCCGAAGUCAUCAGGAGAGCCAAAGGAUUAAAACUGCCAAGACAGGUCGUAUCGAAGAGAGCCUCUCUGGGAGAAGCCUCGCUUUAUUGAAGACGUCUGAGUUGGAGAAGAUGCAGCUACGUUUUCGAAAUGCCCACGCCAUCGGAAAAAAGGGCAGGCCUUUCACCGACUUCGCAUGGAUGUGUGAGGUGGACAGGAAGAAGGGCUUGAAGAUAGGAGAGACAUACUCAAAUGACUACCAGGCAAAAGAGUUCAUACACUACAUAGAAGAAAGAUGAGGGCAAGAUUAUCAGACGGCAAGUUCAUCUCGGUCAUGUCAGAUGGAUCCCUGGACAGUGCAGUGAUGGAAGAAGAGCUGGUCUACGUCAGGAGUGCCAGUGAGGGGAAGGUCAAAGUUGGUUUUGUCGGGGUAAAAGCUGUCUCAAAGCCAGAUGCUACAAAUAUAGCUGAAGCUGCGUGCAGUUUAAUGGACAGUGAAGUCAGCACUGAUUGGAAGAACAACCUGGUGGCCCUCACCACAGAUGGAGCAUCUGUAAUGACAGGAGUAAAUAAUGGUGUAGUUACAAAACUGCGUGCAGACAGACCAUAUGUGCUGGGGAUCCACUGCAUGGCCCAUAAGCUCGAGCUCGCCUUUUCAGACGGAAUAAGGAAAAAUGUGAUGGCCAGGAAAGUUGAGGACCUGUUGAGUGGACUCUACACCUUAUAUCAUAAGAGUGGAGUAAACAGGGCAAGCCUAAAGCAACACUUCAGGGAGCUCCACAUGAAGGCUUUGAUGCCAACCAGAGUAGGUGGAACCCAGUGGCUACCACAUCUCUUCAAAGCACUUGACCAUUUUCUCAGGGGAUAUGCUGGCAUUGUACGCCACUUAGAGGAGAAGUCCCAGGAGGCCACAAACAUCAAUGCUGUUCUGAGGGCAAAGGCCAAGGGGUUCCUCAACAUAGCCAAGGAUGGUGGAGUGCUCAGGUUUUGCUGCCUUCUCCAUGACACCAUCUAUCAACUGAGCAACCUCUCCAAGUCACUGCAGAGGUCAGCAUCAACCCUGGCUGAAGCUCAGAGCUGCCUGUCCUCCACUCAGGCUGUCAUAGAAAAGUACAAGUCAAGACCUGGGCCAAAGCUGAGAGCAGUGCUGGAAACAGACCUAUGAGGGAGUCCUCCUGAAGCCUACUAAUGCCGACCAGCAUGACAAGGCAAAGAACGAGCUAAUCGAUUCUCUGUGCCGGUGCAUCACUGCUAGAUUUGGUGAUGUGAACAGUGGUGUCCUGCAGGCUAUGCAGCUGACCAGUUUCCAGUGCUGGCCAGAAGCAGACAUGAGUUCAGAUUUUGGUGAUGAAGAGGUAAACAAACUCAUCAGUCACUUCCGACCUCUUCUGCUGUCUGCUGGAGUGGAUGUGGAGUUGAUCCCUGAUCAAUGGACAGUUCUCAAGACUGAACUGUACACAGCAGGAUUCAGCCAAGGAACCUUUGAGAAGACCUGGCCUACUGUGAACAGAAUGCUGCGCCAUCGGUGUCCUGACGUCCUUGAUCUUUUUGAUGCUCUCCUCACCAUCCCUGCAACUACAGCUGACUGUGAAAGAGGGUUCAGUGUUAUGAAGCAGGUAAAGAGUGACUGGCGCUCACGCCUGAAAGGUGAGACCCUCUCUGACCUCCUUAAAACCCAGUUGUGUUCACCUGACAUCAAAGACUUCGAUCCAAGCAAACCCAUUGACAUCUGGCAUGCUGACAGUUUGCGCUCACGCAGGCCUGAGUUUGUGCGCAAACACCGGACAAAAGGAACUGAGGGUGGCUCAGAUUCAGAUGGGGGCUCUGAAGAAAUUAGUUCAGAGAGCUCUGAAGACAUUUGAUUCAGAAAUUAAAUGUUUGCACUUUCUGUGUAUAUUUUGUUGUAUGUAUUGUACUUUCUGUGCGUUUUUCAUGCCAACAAUGUUAAUAAAAUGAUCAAAUGC